AUGUCUGCCGUUAUCCAAAAGCCAGCCCCAGCAUUCAAGAAGACUGCCGUUGUCGACGGUGUUUUCGAGGAGAUCAGCUUGGAUCAAUACAAGGGUAAGUGGGUCUUGUUGGCCUUCAUUCCAUUGGCCUUCACCUUCGUGUGUCCAACUGAGAUCAUCGCUUACUCUGACGCUGUCAAGAAGUUUGCUGAGAAGGACACCGAGGUUUUGUUCGCCUCCACUGACUCCGAGUACUCUCUUUUGGCUUGGACCAACGUUGCCAGAAAGGAUGGUGGUUUGGGCAAGGUCAACAUUCCUUUGAUUGCCGACACCAACCACUCUUUGUCCAGAGACUACGGUGUCUUGAUCGAGGAGGAGGGUAUUGCAUUGAGAGGUAUCUUCUUGAUCGACCCUAAGGGAACCUUGAGACAAAUCACCAUUAACGACUUGCCAGUUGGUAGAUCCGUUGAUGAGUCUUUGCGUUUGGUUGAGGCUUUCCAAUUCACCGAGAAGUACGGUGAGGUCUGUCCUGCCAACUGGACUCAAGGUGCUGAUACCAUCAAGCCAGAUGUUGCUCAGUCCAAGGAGUACUUCGGUAAGCAACUGGAGUAA